CGCAAGAAGUUUGAAAGAUGUCCGGCAGAGGUAAAGGAGGCAAAGGUCUUGGAAAAGGAGGCGCAAAGCGUCACCGCAAAGUUCUUCGUGAUAACAUCCAGGGGAUCACCAAGCCUGCAAUCAGGCGUCUGGCCCGCCGUGGUGGUGUGAAGCGUAUCUCUGGUCUCAUCUACGAGGAGACCCGUGGUGUGUUGAAGGUUUUCCUGGAGAACGUGAUUCGUGAUGCCGUCACCUACACCGAGCACGCCAAGAGAAAGACCGUGACCGCCAUGGACGUCGUCUAUGCUCUGAAACGCCAGGGUCGUACACUGUACGGUUUUGGUGGUUAAAGAUCAGAUCUCUCCUUCGACUUGUACACAAAGGCUCUUUUAAGAGCCACCCAGUUCCUCUGAAAAAGGUUGUGU